AAGGAACUUGUGCUGAACGAGGCUCUUCAGAGGGAGGUGCUCUGGCUCUGGGUGUUUCCCACGUGACUGGUUAGGAUUUAGGUGUCUCAACCCCUCAGGAUUUUUUUCUACUCCUUGAGGGGCUGCUGAGGGGAACGGGACCUUGUGUAGGCCUUAGCAUCAAAUUCUUCUGCUGGGCUACUCUUUAGAAAAUUGAAAAGACUUGCUUCAGAGUUUGGGCAGUGUUUUCAUGACUGGGCAACUAGAGUUUUUAAUAAUUUAGGAAGUAAAAACACCGAGGUUCCCGUUGUGGGACGAUGCCAGUACUAGAGGCACGUAAGCACCGCAGAGUUGAGGCACCUGCGGUAGCAAAUGCAGGUAGGGGCAGCAAACUCAAGGCACCUGUGGCACCAGGUCCACCUAAGAAGAACAGCAGAACCACGGUGCUGGCAGCCACUAAAGUGUUGAAUCCUCAAGAUUUUGUGUGCAUUCAGGCUUUGCCUGGCUUUUCUCAGAAGGAAGGAAAGGUCAUGGCCAGAAGCAGAACAAUUUACAAAAGCAGUGAACUUCCAAGAGAACAAGUGUUCUGGGAAAGCUACUAUAGGAGGCAAAAGCAGUUCACUCAGGGACACUUCACCCCCCUUGGGAAGCCUUAUCAGGAGCUUGGAGAGGUUCUCUACACAGACCCGAAGAAACUCACCCUCUACUCUUUGGGGCAGCUUGCACAGGAACCAGUGAAAAAAGAAGGACAAGAAAAAACACCCAAAGAAGCGGCUGAGGUAACUACUGACGAGGACUCUUUCAAUGCAGAGUUUGAUCACUUUCAGUCUGAUCCUCUGGAACCAGUGAAGAGGCUCUCCCCAUUUAAAGAAACAGAAAAGGAGCUGAGGACUCUUAGUAAAGCUCUAGCUCACUCAAGGCAUCACGUCAAUUCUGUGAAGCAAGGUGGAGAGUACUUUCAUAUACUUCAUCAGGAGUCACUGGAGAGGAAGAACACACUGAAAGCAGCCCAGCAGGCUCAGGGCACAAGAUGGAGGUCUGAGUUCCAGCCACCCAAAUACUCCUCUGCUGAAGAGGAGUCAGAAGAAGAAAUAAACACUUCUUCUCUUAUAGAAGACAACCCCCUGAGGAAGUCAGGGAAGAAGAAAAAAAAGAUGACCUGGUCUUUCACUCCAGUUUAUACCAGUGUCUUGAUUCCAAGCCCCCCUGGAGCAAAAAGUGAACAUCUUUUCCGACAACUGUGUGCCAUACACUGGCUUUUGGAAGCUUUGACUCUUGAAUCCAACAGUUCGAUGCAUUCCAUAUUAACCUGCUGGAAUCCAAGGGACCCUGGUGGUUGGAAAAAAACAGUAAAAGAAACUGAGGAGAAAAAGUUAGCAACAUACAUGUGGGAGCUGUUUAUUACAAACACAAAGAAAUGGGCUUGGAAAGCACGAUACAAUCCACUGAGCAGGAAGAUAAACAAGAUAUCUACUCCUCAUAUCUCUCAGCUUAGCAGUCAGUCAUCUCCCCGUGGUCAAACCCCUCGUGGCAGUGAAACUUCCACUGUACUUUGCUCUGAAGACAACAUCAAGGUUAACGUAGCUUCAUUGAGUAAGUCAGCACAAGCUAAAGAACAACCACCUCUUUUCCCAUCCCUACAGAAAGUCACCCAGAUAACACGUGAAGAGGUGUCAAAAGAUGUCCAUAAACAAGAGGAUGUGGUUAAGAAGAUUGGAUUGCAGCGCUUGUUGCCAGUGGCUCAGAAGAACUACAGAGUAAACAUGCCAUUCGUUAAGGACCAAGAGAGUAUACUCUCAAGGAAGCAGAGGCCCAGAAGGCAGGGUUGCAGGUGCCAUAUCGGCUCUUUCAUUAAAAGCAAAUCUAACUUGCGUGCUGAUAUGAGACAAAAGUUCACAGCAGUACGUGAAGAAGCAGCUUGUCGUUUACAUGAUACCCUAGUGACCCUUGAGAGGAGGCAGGAAGACCGAUGUUAUCAAAAAUAUGAAGCUUUGAAACAAUUGAAGUAUUUCAGAAGAGACAUGGAAAGAAUAAGACGGCUGAGCACAAGAUCUGAAAGAGAACAUGAUGAAGGUAGACUAAAUUGGUUUCCUGUAUUGCUUGCCAGACUCCCAGAGUCUGUGAAGAGUGACCAUUAUGUACAGAAAAUUUUAAAGAAACUGGAAAAAUAUGGCAAGAGUCCUGACUUGAAAAUUCAUCCAGACACCUUUCUUAAGGCUCUGGCUAAUCUACAAGUGUGGGAGCUCUGUUCUCCAGAAGUUGCUGCAGCUGUGGAGUUUGUACGUGAAAGUAUUGUCCAGAUGCCAGAAGAGGAUUUCAGCAAGUGGUUUCAGACAAGAGUAGCCCCCCUCAGUGCACAGUCCUCCACCUUUUAAUCCAAGAUGAGAUGGAUUUCUAGCUACAGCUGUCUUCAAGCAGAAAACUACUGCCUGUUGAGAUCUGCCCCAAGGAAGACGAGGGAAGGGGGGUUAACUUUGGGAGGUCCCACUGACCACUCUUGCACAGCUGUGAAGUUUGUCCCUCUAUAGUGCUCCCGUGGCUGUAGUCAGCCAUAGAAAAUAAAAGCUAAAUACUAUUGCUCCUUCCUGUCUGAUCUCUUGGACACAUUGCCAGAUUUUAGUCUCAUCCAACCAUGCAUGAUGAAGACCGAGUUUCUCAUCACGGGUCAUGUCAUUUCUUCAGACAAUACCUACAGUAUAAUAACUCAGUACAGAUGUACUGAUUUCCAUAUCUAAAUAGCAUUGUCUCUGCUCUUCAUUUUAGCUCUCCUUUAUAAAAAAUAUCCCAAGAACAGGGUAGUUGUAAUCUUUAAGACAGGUUUUUUUUGCAUUAAUUCUUUUUUGUAAUUCAGAUGUUUUAUUGAGUUUAUCCUGUAGUUAUUCUGUGGUUAUGGAUUAAUUCUUGCUUAAUUAAAAUCAGUAUUGAAAAACCAAGCAUCCUUAAAUGCAUUUCCCAGAUUUUCACCUGAAGGUAUGUUUUGCCCUGAUUACCUUAGCAUGUGUUUGCCAUUACUCUGCUGGGUAAGACAGUAGAGUUGACCCCCCUGAACUCGUCGACAGUGAUCGAUACAUGACCUUUGUGAACCUGUCUGGGCUUAACUGUGUAUUUCAUGGUGGGUUACAAUUGCUGGGUGAUGGAAUCAGUGACCCAGUGACCUUCUAAGCUGAUGAUCUCAAUGAGCUGCUUACCUGCCUGUCAAAGCUUCCAGAGGACCCAGUGGGGAGAAAUGCCGUUGUUCUGUCCGGUGCAGUAAGGGGGAACAACGCCAUCGUAGGGUCCAGAGGAGAGGUCCUCUGGAGCCAAAUAGCAGCUUCCCUUUUGCUGCUUCCUGACAAACUUGGAGUUUCUUCAGGGAACAUCCUUGACCUUAUUCAAAUCUUUGUCUGCCAGUUUAAAGGACUGGAACAAUACAAAGAGGCUACAGGUCCAUAUCCAGAUAAAAGACGGGCUUUUUCAACUUUCGGGAGUUUUACCUGAAGAUUAUCUUGGAUUCUCCCAAACACUUCUGUGAACAGUGAACAGUCUCACAAUCUUCAGCUCACUGCUUCAGUAGACCCUUGAAAGGGUAAUGGGAAGCAGAAAGGAUAUUCACUCAGGAUCCCUUUCAACAGUGAGGCGUGAGGAAUGCUCUUUCCCUGCUGUGCCAGAAGGGCAGGGAAAGAGCAGCAUGCAUCCGUUUGGACCAGCCAGUGCGUUCCAUGUUUUGAGGAUGCUGCCACAGCUGACUCUGACUCUUUCCCUCUUUGCAACACUGGAACUUCUUUCCAGAACCACUACAAGCCAUGGACACACCUUUGAGGAGAGUCCUACCAGCCAGCAACACAGCAAAGUGUGGUGGAGAGACCAUAUUCUGCCUUACAACAAAUCCUGCUGUUGAGCUAUAGCACUCUCAGGGGAAGAAGACCUUUAGAAAAAAUAAUCUUGAAACCUGUCAUGUCUCUAGCCCAUCUGUUUUGCCCAUCAUGGUAAGCAAUUUAUCCAGCAUCUUGCCUUACUCACAUCACUGGGAAAAUCUCUGCUCUGCACAGAGUGAUCAGUUUCUUUUUCAAGACUCAGCUUGCACCGUAAGGCUGUAAGCAAGAAUGCUGGCUACUCUGACUCAUUCUCUUGGAGGGAUAUUUUUAUGAUUGUCCUCCGUGGAACUACUUCUUAAAACUCUCAGUUAAUGUCCUUAAAUAAUUUUCACAGCUUUUUGCUGAGCGAUCUCAGCACAGUGGUUCUUUCCUCUGAGGUAAGAGCCUUCCCCGGGUUAUGGGGAAUAUAACUACCCUCCAUCACUGCAGCCUGUGAAACCAAGCUAUUGGCUGAAUACCUCCUUCUUUUUCUUUACCUCAGUAAGUGGCUACAAGUCAGUGCCAUUUAAAAUUUAAUCAAUCUUGUCCUAACAGGAUAUACUUCUUGGAUUUUAACCCAUCUUCUACAUAAAACAAACCACUAAAUUCAGCUACAAUAACUGCCUCAUGACAGAACCUUUGUCUGAAGAACCUCUUAAUGAGCUCUUGUUAUCACAAAUUGCCCCUGAAUAUCUAUAAUAUCUUCUGUAGCUCCACACAUCUCACCGCUUCCUGUCUCCUGCUUUCUUUACAAUCCAUUAGCAUCCCUUAGCAGCCUCAUUUGAACAAUUAAAUUUUACUGUUUCUAGAAAUGCACAAGGAACCCCAGGUUCUACUAUUAGGUCUGUGUCUUUGGGAGCCCUGGGAAGGGAUUCACAUGGUCCAACUUAACAGAGCUCAGACACAUCCUACAGCUCAUGAUCCUCAGAAGAAGAUUUUGUGCAGAUUGUUGGCCUGAUGUGACUGAUAACUUCACUAGUCUCUGAAUAACCCUCUUGGAGGUCCUCCACAAAGGUCCUUAAACUAAAUGUCUGAUGUUAGACAGGAAGAAUCUACAUCCUUUCCUCACAGCCCAGUUUCAAGUCUCCCUGGCUAACCUCUGCACACAACUUUGCCUUCUCUCCAGAGCUGACCUGCUGGCAGCCUUUUGUUGUGCUUGUUUAUGUUCAACAUUAACGGCUCAAACUGCCGCAAGUGAGCUCGGUGUUCUCAUUCACAUCCCUGAUAAUAAGAUCUCAUUUACCUGUGUUUCAACUACAAGCAGACGAACUCAAACUCAUUAAGCCAUUACAGGGUUUUGUUGAAAGUGUUCUCAUGGAUUAAAGGCUUGAGUGGCUCCAGAAGAUGCUGACCCCUUGCAGAGGGUAAGUCCAUGGCCUCCAUCCCUACUGAACUUAACUCUAAAAGUAAUUGUGUGGUGUGAUGCGAACUGUGUUUCCGGAGCUUGUCUGGUGUUUAAAGGCCCCUGAGAACAAACAUAUCAGAGAUCUUACAGCUACAGAGAGCUUGUGCCUGAACACUAAUGGGUACAUUGGCAAGCGUGUGUAACUUCAGCAUUUUUUACUCUUUCCUAAAGAUGUAGAAUCUUUUCUUUUGACAUUCUGAUAGAUCAGCAGAUUCUCAUUCUACAUUAUAUUCCAGGCAUGCAGAUGAGAGAUGAUUAAUGUCUAUGAAAGUAAAAAGACUGCACAUAUAUUUCUUAUGUCUUUACUGUGGUGACUGCAUUUUAUCUUGUAGGGUGACAUCCAGAAACGGGAAACUGUGGCUCUAUUCAAGUCAAUUGUAAAACCUCCAGUGACAAAAGUAGCUCAUUCAUAAAGCUCUAAACACAACUUACAGUUUUCUGUAACUUCAGUUAAUGAAAUGCACACAGGGGGAGCCAGACAGAAGAAAAUCUCAACUCCACCGUCCAUCUGUUCAGAAAUCUCUUCAUUUUGCUGAAGGUCCAUGCAGGUAUAAAGUUUUUUUUUCUUAUAUCACAUGGCAGAAAUGGAGCCUGUUCCUUUCUGGGUGCAGGCUGUCAUACUUUUCCUCACCAACCUCAAACCUACGAUGGAAUCAGAUCUUUAUUUACUUGUUUUGUGGUUUGUUUAGGGUUUUUUUCCAUAACCUUAACCAUAAAUGAAGAUUCCUUGCCUUGCUGCCCUUCCUGUAUCCCCCAAAGUGAAUUUCACCUGACAGACGUUCUGUUCAGCAAGGACUGAAUCACUUGCUAAAAACUGGCCAAAUUACGCUGGGCCUGAGCCACCAAAAUGCUUGAAGUUGGUUAUUUUCUGGCCAUCUUUCAUGGUUUUGCUAAAUUUCGCAAGUCACGGGGGUGAGGAGAUGACAAAUCGAGCCCAGAUCAGAGGAAAUGCCCUUGCAGGCCCGACGCCACUUGCUGCGGGAGCUCCGCGGCUCGGGAGGUGAGAGUCUGCCAGCACAGCGCAGUGCUCCCCGGGGGUGAUGCGAACCCAGCUGAAAUCCUUUAACUGAAAGCAGAAACUGUGGGAGAGCCCGGGA